UUAGGCGACUGCAAUUAUGUUUCGGAAACCGAAUCGAAACCUGCGGGUCCGGAGAGCGUCCUCCAGCGAGAAUGAGAACGAGGAGGACCAUGGGAAAGUGGAGCGGCCGAAGAGAGCGGGCGGCCGGGGGCUGACGUGUGCGACGAAGAAGAGGGCGGAGGCGGCGGCGGCCAGCGAUGAGCGGCAGUCAGAGGGAGAGGAGGAUGCGGCCAGUGCUGAUCCGUCCUCCCGGACUGCAGGCCUCCACAGCGCUCUCAGCUUCAGCGCGGAAAAGGAAGGUGAAGAUGGUCACUUUAAGAUCAAGAAGCCGACAGUAAAUGCCGUCAUAUUCAAAGUACAGAAGAAGACAGAAAAUGCUGAGCAAGAUACCAAGCCUCAGGAAAAAGGACCGGAUGUCAGUUCAGAGUCCGAAGAGAGCGAGCGCGGAAAGGUGGAUGUUCCCGAGAAGGAAGAGUAUUCCAGUCCUGCGGGCAGCAGUCCAACGUCUUCUCCGCCAUCGGCAGGUCACCUGCGACAUGAUGACAUCCCGGACGCUAAGCAGAUCCGAGCGGCUCGCACACGGAGGAAAUUGGCCCGCACUCAGGGAGAUUACAUAUCACUAGAUGCCUCUCACGAACGGUCAGAUUCCAGCCAAUCGGAAAGCGACGAUGAGCUUGACGAUCAUGAGAAGAGGAUUCAAUUCGCCCCAGGGAUGAAAAACAUAAAAGAGCAGAUGGCUGAGGAAAUUGCCUCCAGUAGCGGGUCAGACGGUGGUGAUGAAGAAGAAAUGGACGACAUUCAGGACAAGUGGGAGGAGCUUCAGAUAAGAAAGGCGAUCAAGUGUCCUCAGACUAUGGACAACGACUUGUUACACGGACACAGACCCACUCGUAAAAAAAAAUUUGUUGCACCAAAGUUUUCUUCACCACCAGUGACUGUGGAAGAUAUUCGAAAAAGGUUGACGGCAAGAAUAGCCUCCAUUGAUGAGGUGCACAGAGCACACAUCUUAGACAGUGAAAGAUACACCCGUGAUCUUGAAAAUGCCAGGAACACGCUGCAGAAGCUCGAGACAUCAUCGAGUGAAAAAAGCUACAAAUUCUUCAAGUCGAUGAAGGUUUACGUGGAGAACUUUGUCGACUGUCUGAAUGAGAAGAUUCAGGAGAUUUAUCAGCUGGAGUCUGAGAUGUCCCAGAUCUUGGAGGGUCACAGCAGAUCGCUGCUGAAGCGCAGACAGGAUGACCUCCAGCGUGAAUCUGCUGCGAUCCAGAAACUUGCUGGAACUGGAAAUGAUGUGGUGGCAGAUGAGGAAACGAAGAGCCACCUGCAGGACAUGGAGCUGCGAAGGGAGAGAAGGCGACAGAAACGUGAGGAUUCUGGCCAAAUAGAUCACCACGAAGGGAUGUCUAGUGACGACGAGCUGUCUCUCGACCAAGAACGUGAAUACAAGCAAGAUCAAGAGGACGUCCUGCUCCUGUGUAAACCCAUCUUUGACGACGUCCAUGAGGAUUUCUGCCAGACUAAGAACAUCCUGUCCAAGUUUCACGAGUGGAGGGAGCAGUUCCCGGAGACGUAUUACGAUGCUUACAUCAGCUUAUGUAUUCCCAAACUGCUAGGCCCUCUGGUCCGGAAGCAGUUAAUAGGCUGGAAUCCUCUGCAGGACGCCACUGAGCUUGAGCACAUGUCAUGGUACUGUGACCUGGAUGAUUUCUGCUAUAGCAAGCAUGACCGUGAGGACAACAUGGAGGACAACCCAAAUCAUAAAGUGCUGAGCGCUGUCAUUGAGAAGACUGUGAUUCCCAUAGUUUCAGGACUUGUUGAACGUGUUUGGGAUCCUAUGUCAUCUGCUCAGACCCGCAGACUGGUGGAUUUCUGCAAAACGCAUGUACUGGGAGAUGAGAAAAGCAAACCUGUGCAGGGUCUUCUCAGUUGUCUGAUUUCAAGAUUAAAGAAAGCUAUAGAAGAAGACGUAUUCAUCCCUCUCUACGCUAAGAGAUUAUUACAGGACAGGACUUCUCCACAUUCUAGAUUUCAGGAGAGGCAGUUCUGGUCGGCUGUAAAAUUGUUUGGGAAUAUUCUACUAUGGGACGGUUUUCUUCAGGAAGAAAUAUUGCAAGAGCUCGGCCUGGACAAGCUGCUGAACCGUUACCUCCUCCUAGUCCUUCUCAAUGCGGAGCCAGACUCUGAGCUGGUGGACAAAUGUCACAAGAUAGUCGAGUAUCUUCCCCAGAGCUGGUUUAGGGGCCUCAGCAGUGGCGAAACGUUGACACGACUGGGAAAUUUCAGCAAGCACUUGGUAAACUUCGUCCACGCUCUGCACAAGCUGAAUGACAGGAAAAGCAUGGAGGUUCUUGUGUCUCUGCUGCUGAAGAUAAAAGCUGAGAAUCUGGCAGAAGAUGUUGUUGCACAGUACAGUAUCGCCGUAUGACCUGCCGAACAGAGCCGCCCAGCUGUGUCUGUACAUCAGCCAUCGGACACAUUGUCCUCACCUAAGACUGCAUUUGGAGUCAUACAAAUGAACAAACCAACUGAUCUGUUUUUUAACCAAAAACUUCAACACCCACGUGAACUGGGCCUUAAGGGGUUAUCUGAGAUGCAUAAAAUUUCAGACAGUAGCAGUAAAUAUCAUAAAAUAUCAACACGAGGUCCUACUUUCCCUGCCAGUGUUUUGUUCUGGCUGCAGCAGUGACAUCCAGUACAACUGUCCUUUCCUCCGCACCGCAAAAUAGUGCAUGCACUGCUUUUUUUUUGCGGUGUGCACCGUCUGAUGCAGA